UCGAGGUUCAAUGCGCCUACGAUGGCCUCCCUAAAUUCUACAACUACAAUGAACCAAGCAUCUGAUAUGACCCACGCCCCGGUCGAAAAGCCAUCCACUCCACCUACCCACAUUCUCCCCUCGCAGCUCGCCCAAGUCUAUUCAUAUGUACACCCAGUACUCCUCCUGGCAUUAUGCGCUGUUAGAUUCGAGGCACUGGUUGAGAAUCCUGCGCAGGAAUUGCGGGCUGAUUUGCCCUGGCUGGCACUUCUCCAGAUCUCCUAUGCGACAGUCUGUCUGCCACCGAGCGGCUCCAUUGCCUCGGAAACGAAUGCCACAGAUGGAAAGUCUGCGCCUCGUUCUUCCUCUGGGCCUAAUGUGACGUUGCGUCCCGGAAAGCCAGGAUACCGGCGAAAACAGCACUCUUGGAAGAAUAUUUUGAAUGGAGUUCUAGUCAGGUUGACGCCCACCCUUCUCUCUAUUACCCUGGCUUUCUUUAUAGCCACCCCUGUCUUGUCUAUUCUUCUCGUCUUGUUCGGUGCACCACUCACAACACAUAAUGCCGAAACUGUACUUUGUGCAGCGCACAUGGCCGUCCUCUCCUCCACGGCCCUAAUUUAUACUCAGGGUCUGGAUAAAUCAGUAUGGAGAGAAGUCUGGGGAUUUACCCGGCCCGCUGAUGCUGUUUGGGGCAGUGCUCUUGGCACAGGGCUUGGUGCCUGGCUUGGUGCCAUCCCAAUUCCCCUUGAUUGGGACCGUCCAUGGCAAGCUUUCCCUAUCACCAUUCUCCUUGGUGCAUACUUGGGCUAUUCACUGGGAUCGCUGAUCUCCCGGACGCCGUUCGUGUAUGGAAGACGAAUCCAAUUCGCGCCGGAAGACAGCACCGAAAAUUCAAAAAAGACUAACUAA